CGGCCAGAGCCAGAGAGGAAGGAGGGAGAAAACCCCGGCUGCUGCUGUUCCGCUCGGACCCGGACCUGGACCCAACCCGCACCCUACCAGCCCCAGCUAUCUAGACCGCGCCAUGCGGGGCACGAGCGUGGCUCUGUGGCUUUUCCUGGCUCUGCGUACUGCGCUCGGCGGGAUGGAGGUGCGGUGGUGCACCACCUCAGACCCGGAGCAGCAGAAAUGCAGCGACAUGAGCAAGGCCUUCCAGGAAGCCGGGAUCCGGCCCUCCCUCCUGUGCGUCCAGGGCGCCUCGGCCGACCACUGCGUCCAGCUCAUCACGGCACAGGAGGCUGAUGCCAUCACCCUGGAUGGAGGAGCCAUUUAUGAGGCGGGGAAGGAGCAUGGCCUGAAGCCUGUGGUAGGCGAAGUGUAUGAUCAAGAGGUUGGCACCUCCUAUUAUGCCGUGGCUGUGGUCAAGAGGAGCUCCCAUGUGACCAUCGACACCCUGAAAGGCAUGAAGUCCUGCCACACGGGCAUCAACCGGACAGUGGGCUGGAACGUGCCCGUGGGCUACCUGGUGGAGAGCGGCCGCCUCUCGGUGAUGGGCUGCAACGUGCUCAAAGCUGUCAGCGACUAUUUUGAGGGCAGCUGUGUCCCGGGGGCAGGAGAGACCAGUUACUCGGAGUCCCUCUGUCGCCUCUGCCGGGGUGACGCCGCUGGGGAGGGGGUGUGUGAGAAGAGCCCCCGGGAGAGAUACUACGACUACAGCGGGGCCUUCCGGUGCCUGGCGGAAGGGGCAGGGGACGUGGCCUUCGUGAAGCACAGCACGGUGCUGGAGAACACUGACGGGAAAACCCUGCCCUCCUGGGGCCAGGCGCUGCUCUCACAGGACUUCGAGCUGCUGUGCCGGGAUGGCAGCCGGGCCGACAUCACUGAAUGGAGGCGAUGCCACCUGGCUCGGGUGCCUGCUCAUGCCGUGGUGAUCCGGGCUGACAUGGACGGGGGCCUCAUCUUCCGGCUGCUCAACGAAGGCCAGCGUCUGUUCAGCCAUGAGGGCAGCACCUUCCAGAUGUUCAGCUCGGAGACCUAUGGCCAGAAGAACCUGCUGUUCAAAGACACCACCUCUGAGCUGGUGCCCAUCGCCACUCAGACCUACGAGGCGUGGCUGGGCCCCGAGUACCUGCAUGCCAUGAAAGGUCUCCUCUGUGACCCCAACCGGCUGCCCCACUACCUGCGCUGGUGUGUGCUGUCCACUCCUGAGAUCCAGAAGUGUGGGGACAUGGCUGUGGCCUUCAGCCGGCAGAGGCUCAAACCAGAGAUCCAGUGUGUGUCGGCCGAGUCCCCCCAGCACUGCAUGGAACGGAUCCAGGCUGGGCAAAUCGACGCUGUGACCCUGAGGGGCGAGGACAUUUACAUGGCGGGGAAGACUUAUGGCCUGGUGCCAGCGGCCGGGGAGCACUAUGCCUCGGAGGACAGGAGCAGCUCGUACUUCGUGGUGGCCGUGGUGAAGCGGAACAGCUCCUACGCCUUCACCCUGGACGAGCUGCGGGGCAAGCGUUCCUGCCACCCCGGCUUCGGCAGCCCCGCUGGCUGGGACAUCCCCGUGGGCGCCCUCAUGCAGAGGGGCUUCAUCCGGCCCAAGAACUGCGACGUCCUCACAGCGGUGAGCCAGUUCUUCAGCGCCAGCUGCGUGCCUGUGAACAAUGCCAAGAACUACCCGGCCUCGCUGUGCGCGCUCUGCGUGGGGGACGAGCGCGGCCGCAACAAGUGUGUGGGCAACAGCCAGGAGAGGUACUACGGCUACAGCGGCGCCUUCAGGUGCCUGGUCGAGGACGCAGGGGACGUCGCCUUCGUCAAGCACACCACCGUCUUUGACAACACGAACGGCCACAAUUCCGAGUCCUGGGCUGCUGAGCUCAGGUCGGAGGACUAUGAGCUGCUGUGUCCCAACGGGGCCCGGGCCGAGGUGUCCCAGUUCGCAGCCUGCAACCUGGCACAGAUACCGUCCCACGCCAUCAUGGUCCGGCCAGACACCAACAUCUUCGCUGUGUAUGGACUGCUGGACAAGGCCCAGGACCUCUUUGGAGAUGACCAUAAUAAGAAUGGGUUCCAAAUGUUCGACUCCUCCAACUAUCACGGCCAAGACCUGCUUUUCAAGGAUGCCACAAUCCGGGCGGUGCCUGUCGGGGAGAAGACCACGUACCGCGACUGGCUGGGCCCCGACUACAUGGCAGCUCUGGAAGGGAUGCUGUCUCAGCAGUGCUCGGGCGCAGCCGUCGCUGCCUCCAGAGUCCCCCUGCUCCUGCCACUGCUCCCGCUGUCCCUCACCGCUGGCCUUCUCCUGCCCUCCCUCUGAAGCAGCUCCGGGCAAGCUUCGCCCUCCCUUGGAAUGGAAACCUGUUCAGAAAUCCCUAUCAAUAAGGCCGUUCUCCUCGGUAAAUCCUGUUAUCACUGCUCAGAGGGGAACGUGAUGGGAGAGGAAAUGUGAGGAACCAUAGAGCUCCUUGGAGCUGAGAUUCCAAAGCUGAAGUUGCUGUGAUUGCUUCAAAGUGGAAUAAAGACGAAUGUUAAGGAAAAGUGUCCCCACCUCCAGUUGGACCUGAGCAGGUCUCUCCUGCUGGAACCCAGCCUCUGCCUCCCAGGCACCACCUGUCCCUCCGUUACCUGAGGCGGUGUGCUGGCCAGCCUCCCAGUCGCGCCCCACCCACAGGCUGGCACAGCCCGCUUCCCUGCAAAUCUGCAGGCUCCCACCACAUGGAUCCUCACCAGGCUUGGAUCUGGAGAAAAGACCAGUUACCAAGGAAACAGGCUGAGCCCGGGCUUCCCACACGGACCUCUCUGCUGGAGCUUGUCCUGCCAAGCCGCCCAGGGGGGCCUGGUGAGAUGACAGGGCCUGCCGGCCCCUCCCCUGCUGGUUCCCACUUCCCCCUCUGGAGAAUGGACACUGCACCCAGCACCUCCCGUCCGCCUCCACUCCGUCUGUCCUCUAGGCUCCACGUUCCAGCCUCCCUCCCAAGGACACUGGGCCUGCCACCAAGGCAUCAUCAGAUGAGGCUACAACCAGGCCCUCCAAGGAGGCAAAGCCGCUGGACACACGCAGCCCUUUGUCCUUGUCGUCUGUGGCUUGGCGUGGCCCAGACCACUGGACACCUGAUUAUGCUGGGCUGGGAACGGCAGGGAGACCAGGGCUGCAGCGUACAGAUGAAACCCUCAAGGGGGCCUCAGACAAAGGAAAUGCUUCUCAGUAAGAAUUUUUACUAGGUGGAGGGCUUGAUGCAGGGAGGGGGUUGUAAAGUCCUGCCUGAAGCCCUGUCUGCUGUAAGGAGGGCAGGCCUCAGAACUGGACAGCUCUGUGUGCUGGGCCUUCCGAUGAGUUCAGCUGUGCCGGGCUCUGUCCUGGGGUUGAGUCCCUCAGCAGGAGUCCCCACUCCUGAGUUUCGUCCUCUCAGGCUGCAUCUCAGAUCCUCCCCUUCUCCGACCCCAGAGUGAGGCCCACCGCUCUCAGCCACCCCUCUACAUCUGACAGCAGCAGUUGCCUCCGGGCUGAAGGGCCCAGCCUCAGGAUUACCCAGGAGCUCCAGGCCCUGGCACAGGAGGUGGCCCUGGCCUCUAGGGCAACACGAGGCCUUCUGCAGAGCUGGGAAUGGGGAGAUGCCAUUCUCUCUGUCAGAGGAGACCUGGGCCCAGGUUAGGUACUGGGGGAGCUCCUGCACCGACGGGGUCCUCGGGCCACUC